AUGGCAAAAGCCCCAGGACCCAGGGCCGUAUCUGCAGGCCCUGAAGGGUGGGAGCCGCCAGAUAAUGAUCCUGGGGCCCAGAACCAACCUCCUCCCCGCCCCCGUGAAACCCGUGCUGAAGUGCACACAACGCGGGAAGCUCCACCCCCGGGUGUGCACCUUCAGGGUCACCAAAGCUCCCGGGAUUUGAGAACCCCCCGCCCUCGCGGGGGAAGCCGGAGGUCGCCGGCGAGUCGGGGCCCACUCGGCGGCGCCCCGAGACCGCGCCCCGCGGACCCCCGGCCCCUCCCCCGCAGGCACGCUCCCCUCGGCCCGCGCGGGGCUCCCAUGCCCGCCCCAGAGAGGGGUUCACCUGAGGCCGCGGGGACAGCCAGUAGGAAGUCUCCUCCUCGCGGGAACCCCGGCGAGGUGCCCCCGCGCAAACGCCCGCGUCCUGGCCGCGAGAAGGGGCGGAACCACGGCGUCCCCACUGCCCCCGCCGGGCUGCAGCGGCCGCCCGGUCCGCCGCAGCAGCCUCUGAAAACGUCGCACGGCUCCAGAGGGGAGGGUCGGGGACGGAGAGGGGGCGUGAGGAAGGAGGGGCCUGGACGCCGAGCUCUGUGCGGCAGGAAGCGGCGACAAAAAAUAGAAUUUAACCUUCGUUCUUGUCCUCCCGCCCCUCACACCAGCGACCGUUACCGGCAGGCGGCUCGCGCUGUGGCGGGACUGGCCAAGAUCCCCCCUCAAGCGUCCUUGGCCCCGCCCCAAGCGACCCUGACUCCGCCCCCUACAGGCUCGCCCCAAGCAGCCCUCGAGAACCCUUGGCCCCUCCCCUCGGCCGCGAGCGUCCAGGCCCCGCCUCCCAUAGGCCCCGCCUCCGGUGGGCCCUUACGCUCUCUGGCCCCGCCCUGGGCGCCCCUGGAGCGCUCUCGUCCCGCCCUCCGCGACCCCCUCUCCAGCGCUGCAAGCUCGGCAUCUGUGCAGCAGUGGCCAAGGGGGCCUCCGUACUCUGCAGGCUGGCGGGCCUGUUGCGGGGCGGCUGCUUGGCGCCUCUACAAUGUCUUUUUCCCGCUGUGCAGCUCCGAUCCGCGGCCUGAGUGGGAAACGACCCCAAACGAAACCCGACCGCUGAGGACGGAGGGGCCCCUCGGAAAUUUUUCCCCCAGUCUAAACGAGUCCCUUUCCCCCUACUCACGAGAUUGA